UACAAUCAAUCAAUUAAUGGCUUGUGGUAGUUGUGGUUCGGCUUCGACAGCAUCUUCGAUUAAAAUGUCUACAAAUUGUGUGGAAAAUGAGGUUCAAGUCGAAGUAAAUGACCAUAAGAACGACAAGGAGUUCGAUAUUCCCAUGGACUUUUCCAUAAAACAUCCCCUACAAAGCUGCUGGACACUUUGGUAUUAUGAAAAUGAUAGAUCUUUGUCAUGGGAGCAAAACCAAAAGGAAAUUGCAUCCUUCCAAAAUGUAGAGGACUUCUGGAGCCUCUACAACCAUAUCAAGCCUGCUAGUGAAUUGAGACAAGGUACAGAUUACUCCUUGUUUAAGAAGGGAAUAAUGCCCAUGUGGGAAGAUGAUAGCAAUAAAAGAGGGGGUAGAUGGUUGUUCAGCCUGGACAAGAAACAGAGAAAUAACGAAUUGGAUCGGUAUUUCCUGGAUAUAAUUUUGUGUGUUAUUGGAGAAGAUUUCGAUAAUGCAGAUGAGAUUUGUGGAGUUGUGGUUAACAUUAGGCAAAAAGGAGAUAAAAUUGGGGUAUGGACUGCUGAUGCACAGAAUAGUGUUGCAGUAUUAGAAAUUGGCAGAAAACUGAAAGAGAGGCUACAUAUUCAAUCAAGAACUGUUCUAGGCUAUCAGGUACACAAAGAUACCAUAGAAAAGACUGGGUCAGUCUCCAAAUUCUCAUAUACUGUUUAAAAUGCUGCAGACAGUUCCCAUUCUUUUGUUAAUUAACCUUUAAUAGUAAUAUUAAAUUUUUUUAUGAAUUAUUCAUGAGUUGAGGUUUUUGUUGUCCCAUACAUUAUGCUUGAGAAUUCUUAAUUUGUUUUUCAUUUGGUAUGAAUGUUUACCUAUGUUCUUAUUAUAUCACUCUUUUAUAUGUCUUUUUAGUUUUUAGUGCGAAAUUAUAUUUUGUGUAUAUAAUAAAUAUGUUACUUUUGAGGAAAAA